AACGAUUGCUUGUAGUAUUGGGCAUUAUAUGGGCCACGUUAAUCUUAUCAUGGCCCAUUAUAGAAACAACAAUCGGCCUAGGUAGUGUCGCUUUAUGCUGCUUUCAAAGUAGCAACCCCCAAUUCAAUUCUACUGGAAUCUCUAUGGCUACCGACGACCAGCCAUCUUCCGAGCUGCCUCGAUCGAUUUUUGACUUGAAUGUGGAUUUCUUUAACUCCUGUUGCUUGUUGAAUCCUUCGGUCCGGUUUGGACCAGUGCUUUCACCGGCGGAGAAGAGCUCCAAGGAGGGCGGCGUCAUAUUGGAUAGAUGGACCUGUAACACUUGUAAAAUCGAGUUCGUUUCCCUUCACGAUCAACGCUCCCACUUCAAGUCCGACAUUCAUCGCCUUAACAUCAAGCUGAGUGUAGCUGGAAAGGCUGUUUUGAGAGAAGAAGAUGUUGAUGAGUUGACAUCUGAGUCCGUCCAAGACUAUGAUGUGUCUAGUAUCUCUGGAUCAGAGGACGAAUCUGAGCCAAGACCCUUGUUCCAUGCUGUUGCUGAUAAAAAGAAGCUCUUUAUUCUUCUUCAGAGUGGUGACAAGGUUUCUAUCUGGAAAAGCUUAAUCAUGGACGAGGCUGAAAGGGUUUCUUACACAGGAGUUUCUCUUGAUGAUUCUGGGAGCUUGCCCGAGAGUGAUGUCACUGAGAGGCUGAGGAAUUUCGUUAAUACCGAUGAUAGGAGAAUGUGUGUCGUGUUGCUUGCAAGUGGUGGCCACUUUGCUGGUACUGUCUUUAAUGGAAAGUCCGUUGUCGCUCAUAAAACAUUCCACAGAUAUGUUGUAAGAGCCAAGGCUGGGAAAAAGCAGUCCACAAAAGAUGGGAGUGGGGGAAGUAUCCACUCUGCUGGUGCCUCACUUCGUCGUUAUAAUGAACUUGCUUUGAAAAAGGAUAUACAAGAGCUACUUGCUAGCUGGAAGCCUUAUUUUGAUGGUGCAUCUUGUGUUUAUGUCCAUGCUCCCUCAAGCAGUAGGCAACUGCUUUUCAAUGCAGGCAAACCAUACUUUAGCAGCCAAAACUGCGCUGUACGAAACGUUCCAUUUACUAUCCGGCGGCCAACCUUCAAAGAAUCACAGCGUAUAUAUAAUCAGUUGACUCAGGUUGCAUAUGUAACUGAGGAGAUUUUUGUAAAUCCACAAGAAGAAGCCAAAGCUAAUAUCGUGGUGCACACGCACACUGAGGAUUCGGGUGAAAUCUCAAGACAGGAUGAGUCUGUUGAAACUUCUACUACCAGAAUAGUCUUAGAGGAACCAAAUGUUAUAGAAGAGGACCUCGGAGAUAUAGUUACUGGUACGUCAACUCCAUUACACGAAGCUGCUAAAUCUGGUGAUUGUGAGAGAGUUGGGAAGUUACUGGAGGAGAGUAUGGAUCCUUGUGCUAAGGAUGAAAGAGGGAGAACGCCGUACAUGCUUGCAAAUGACAAGGAAGUGAGAAACAUUUUCAGGCGGUUUAUGGCGUCAAACCUUGAAAAAUGGAAUUGGCAUGAUGCUAAAGUACCCAGCCCGCUCACCAAGGAGAUGGAGGAAUCUCAAGCUGCUAAGCAGGCAGAGAAAGACGCCAAGAAGAAAGCAAGAGCAAAAGAAAUGAAGAAACUACGCAAAGCCCGAGAAAAGAAGGCUCAAGCAGAAGCUGAGCAGGCUGAGAAGGAGAAACCCAUCUCUAAAGUGGAGGAAGUGAGAAGAGCAAUGGCAGCGGAGAGGGAAAAGAGAGCAGCGGCCGCAGAAAGACGGAUGGCAUCACUUAACAUUCAAAGCAGUUCGACGACAGCACCAUCAUCUUAGGCAGCGCGAGUAUUAUAUUCACCUUCUAUCCCAAAAUAAAUCCGCUUGUGGAUUACUUGCACCUAAGUUUCAAAUAGGCUUUUUACAUAUUUUUUGGGGGGGGGCUGUGUGUAAUUCUUAUAGAUUUUGCCGUGGUGAUGUAUACAAUAGUACUAAUCUCGUUUUGGUAUUAAAUUCACAUACUUUUUGUUGUCUCUU